AUGACUCGGCCGGACGACGACGAAUGGGAGUACGAGUAUGACGAAACUGAAACUGAGGAUAUCUAUAUUCCUCUCGAUCUGUCCAAUGUUCCAGGUGUGCAAGUACCCUUGGUGUCGCAGGGCAAAUUUGGCCAUCCGACAUUGCUCAAAAGCAGGCUCCGUGCCUUGACUGCAGCUCGCGGUCAACCAACAGAAUUCUCUAUCGAUAUCCCAGAAGGACAGGAAAACGCGACCAUGGGCGAGGUUCAAAUCACUGGCUUACACACAACCAAUCCCUUGGUUAUGUACAAUGGCCAACUAUUAAGCUGCCAUUGGACCGCCACAAUCGGCACCGAUAUGUUCUUUGUGAAGCCUGGCACGGGUGUUGGUGAGCCUCUGCGCUCUUUACCAUCUGUAGACCUUAUAUCGCUUGGCUCUGCCAAAUUAAUCGCCAAAGCUGCCCGCCUGCGUCCACGAGAUGACCUCUUCGAGGAUGCCAGCAAUAGUCCACAGACUUCGGAAGAGGCUGUCGCUGUCAAUCACACCUACCUACCUCAGGGUUUGACUUCCAAGGCUAUGCCAAAGGAAACACCAAUUACCCACCAACCCUCAGAGUCAGCUUCAACAAGCUUUCUUGCAAAAUUGAAUCUAGCAAAAGAGAAGAGAGGGGAGAAAACCCGCCUGACCAUCUCAAACACCUCAGAAGGCAAAAGAUUGGUACCGAAGCUAGUGAGUGAUGAACCUCGCGCCGCGAGUGACGGAUCAAAAGGGUCGGGCAAUACCACGAUGGGCGGAACAUAG